AGACUAGAUCCGGUUUGCAGUAUGCACCCAUUCAGGCUCAUUGGCUGCAUGCAGGUUGACACUGUUUCCCUGCCUCCUGCAGCUGUAGCGGUACUCGGAGCCUGUGGAGCCAGCAGGUGGUACUCGACCGUCGGCGGAGUCCCACUGUUGAAUGCGUGCAGCCGGCUUGAAGAAAGCUGUAAAACUACAAAGAAGAGAGAACUGAGCAACACUGAGGAGGGCAGAAACAAAGAGGUUGUUUGUUCUCCAGCGGAAGAUGGACACUCGCAGGAACGCAGUAACUUCAGUCGCCGGGGUAAGCAGCUCUGCCUCAACCGGGUUGUGACUCCUCGGGCUCUGCAGAGGUGAACAGUGGACGCCGGUGGUCAGGACCGGACGGCAGGGACACUUUGCGGGUUACGGCAGGGACACUUUGCGGGCUGCAGCAGGCUGUGUGCGGCGCUUUGCGGUGAAGCAUCCCCCUGGAGAAUAAAGCAUUUUGUAGCUCAGAGUGAAAGAAAGAGCAGACUGGGAGAACAGUGCGGAAUUAUUGUGAGAUAAAACAAAGGCUCGCCAGAGGUCUACACCGAAAUGGGAAAAGAAGCCACAGCCACCUUUUAAGAUGUUUCCUCACCACAGAGAAAGGGAGCAGCCAAUCUUCAGUUCCCGGGCUCAUGUUUUCCAGAUCGACCCCGCCACAAAGAGGAACUGGAUCCCCGCCAGCAAACAUGCCGUCACUGUGUCUUUCUUCUAUGAUGCCAACCGUAACGUCUACCGCAUCAUCAGCGUGGGCGGGACCAAGGCGAUCAUCAACUGCUCGGUCACACCCAGCAUGACGUUUACCAAGACGUCCCAGAAGUUCGGUCAGUGGGCGGACAGCAGGGCCAACACUGUGUACGGACUGGGGUUCGCUACAGAGCAACAGCUGCACCAGUUCUCCGAAAAGUUUAAGGAGGUGAAAGAUGCAGCUCGUCUGGCAAGAGAGAAGUCGCAGGACAAAGAACUGGCCAACACUGCGCUUUCCAUCGCUGCUCCUCAGUUCUCACAGAGACUCGUCUCGGACGAACUCCAGUCUCCUCACCGGUCGAUCUGUGAGAUGAACCUGGAUACCGAGCUCUUCACUCUGCAGGACAGCAACACCAAGCUGGUGGCAGCACUGCAUGAGGCUAAUGCUAACGUGGAGCAGUGGAAGAAACAGCUGGCAGCCUAUCAGGAGGAGACAGACAGACUCAGAGAGCAGUUGGCUGAGAUAGAGGCCCAUGGGGGCCACGGCCCCAGCGACCUGCUGAAGGACGAGCUGACCCAGUCCCUGGAGGAGCUGGAGGCCCUGCUGAAGGCCAAGGAUGAGGAAAUCCACAUUUUGCAAAACAAGAAAGUGGAGUACCACGACAUGGAGCACGACAGGGACGAGGCCAUUCACAGAUUACGGGAGACGGAGAUGCGUAAUGCAGAGAUGGAGCGCCGCAUCCAGAACACAGAGCAGACGCUGAGUAACUCUCUGGAGGAGCGGGAUCGCAUGGAGUCUGAAAUCCAGAGGGCCAUCGAAAUUCUGGACAUCAAGAUCUUUGACCUCAAUGACCUUCGCCAGAGCCUGGUCAAACUCAUCGACAAAUAAGAGGGGAGAAAACCCAACCCAAGAAAAAGGAACAGAUGACAGGGGUAAAUGUGUCGUGACCAAUGCAGCAGGGAGGAAACUAAACAAGAUGGAGCCGUCCCUCUUCAACAGGAGCAGCUCCUCGGCUGCAGGGUGGCAGCGUACACACGGUUUGCUUGUCCAAUGUAAUGUAACGCUUCAUGUUGCUUUCAAGAGUCACAUUCAAUGCAAUAAAACCACUUUAAGGUAAGUGCUUAACGCCGCUAGACAUUUAUUACAAAAAAUGGGUGCUUGUAAUUUUUCACAAGUAUGACUUUCGUACAAGUGGCGAUGCAGUGUUAUUAUAAAUAAGAGGCCUUGGUUAUUUUUUCCACUGACAGGGUAUAUUUAAACGUCUUUACAACAAAUGAAUUCCACUAAGUGAAUAAAAGGGAACAAGACUACAUUACUAUUAAAAGGUUUGCCUGCAUAUAUUAUAAUAAUAAUAAAUACAUGUGUGUAUGGUCUCGUUUAAAAUAGCAGCUUUAAUGUUGUUUUAAGUGAAAGCUGAGUGGUUCUAUAUAAGAGCUUUCCCUGCAACAAUAAGCAAUGACAUCUUUUUUAAGGUCAGAAAUAAAAGUAUGCUCAUAGUGUUUAAUAUUCUGGUAAGGCAUGGAAGCACAACUUCGGAUCUGGAUAUGGACACCAAAGAUCAAAUGUGUAGAGCAUCGAUAAGGUCUUUCAACAGUCGUCCGUUAUCACAUCAUCAUUUAAACUCGUAAGAAACCUUUAACUUUAAGUACGAUACGUAUUUACACUUACGAUAAAUAAGAUUUUUCCACAUGAUUUAAAUCAAUUAUGAUAUUAGGUAAACACACAAAAUAAGUAAUUGCUUUGUAAUAAUAAGUUUAACUAGUCCUGUUUAAAUAAUCGUCCUGUGCAACAAACUACUGACUUAGUAACUUAUUAACGAUAGACACACUGAGACAUUUUCUGCCUUCUCUCAUUUCUCAGCACAUUACUUAGCUGUGGACAACAUGUCACACACUUUGAGUGUGGCUGUACUGUGUUAAAAGUGUAUUUAUUAAAAAACACAAUGUCUACUUCACGGAGUGUUUUAUCACAAAGACUGUAUUGUUUAACAUUGUCCAGAAUGCUAUGUUUGUAUUAUUGUUUUCGAGCCUUAUUGUUCGCAUUACAAUCGAUAUCGAUAUUAAUGCCAGCUGUGUCUCAAACUUUUGAGCUGAUGAGGAUGGUUUGGAAAUAAAAACAAAGAAUGCAGUCAUCCGGUCAUAUUAUUGUGCUGUGUGUUAUGUUAAAGGCCAUUUAGUUAAAUGAUGAUAAUUAACCUUAGCUGAUUCAUUUGGAUGAAUUUUGCAUUUGAUUUGACACAAUCACAAAAAACUGAAAAAUCUUCUGUGACUAAGUAAAAAACCAAUCCAUUAAUCAAUAUCGCUUGUCAACAUAUUUUAUUGACAAUAUCCAGUCCCACCUUUUAUUUCAGCUUCUUUUUGGGUCUGACUUCAUACAGUAAGUGUCCUGAGGGUUUACGGCACAUGGACGUAAACGAGCGGAGCACCUGAGAAUGAGAGGAAAAAACUGUAAGAUCAAAAAAAACAUCACCAUCCUGUCACUCUCAGGACAGGAUGAAUCCUGGGGAAAAGUGUUGUAAGGGGUUUCCCGACAUGUCGUUGCAGUACAUUAAAGGGUGUUUCAUGUUGU